AUGUCGCCAAAACGUAUCCUGGUAAUUGCUGGCUCAGAUAGUUCAGGUGGGGCCGGACUAGAGGCUGAUCAGAAGGUCAUUGCAGCACACGGCUGCUAUGCAAUGACUGCUACUACCGCGUUGACUGCACAGAAUACGCUAGGUGUGCAGGACAUACAUCAUACACCCCCGGACUUUGUGAAGAGGCAGAUUGAUGCUGUUUGUGAUGAUAUUGGGGCAGAUGUUGUCAAGACUGGCAUGCUUGCGUCAGCAGAGACGAUCAAAAUUGUCGCCAACGCGUUGAAGAGACACAAUAUCAGCACGAGUGUUGUUGAUCCUGUAACGGUCUCGACAUCAGGUUCACAACUUCUUCCCGAAGCUGCGGUUACAACACUAAUCGAACAUCUUUUCCCUUACACAACGCUUCUAACACCAAACCUCCCAGAGGCAAAACUUCUUUUGAAAGCUGCAGGCGUUGAAGUGCCGGACCCGCAGAACGUUGAUGACAUUGUUGCGAUGGCACGGCAUAUCCAUGAGAGAGGACCCAAAUGGGUGUUACUUAAGGGAGGCCACCUACCAUUAACACGCGGUCACUUUGUCAGUAAAGAGGAAGCGGACCGGGAAGUAGUGCUAAACGUGCUGGUUGGAGAUAGUGGAGUCACCUUGAUAGAGAGUGAUUACUUACAAUCGAAGAACACCCAUGGCACAGGGUGUUCACUUGCUUCAGCGAUCGCGUGCAACCUUGCUCUCGGUAUGCCUAUGACCAAGGCUGUGAAGGAAGCGAAUCGAUACAUUGAAGCCGGAAUCAAAACAGCGACGGAUAUCGGGCGGGGGAAUGGGCCGAUCAAUCAUUUCCAUUCAAUAUACAUUCUCCCUUUUACACCCGGUAACUUCAUCUCGUACCUUCUUGAUCGAGAAGAAGUGCAGAGGCCGUGGAAAGAGUAUACGGAGCAUGAGUUUGUACAGAGGAUGGGAGACGGAACGCUACCACUCGAAAACUUCAUGUACUAUCUUGUGCAAGAUUACCAGUUCCUCGUGCAAUUUGCAAGAGCUACCGCUCUCGCCGCAUACAAAUCCAGCAACCUCCAAGAUAUCGGUCGCUCCGUCCAACAGAUUGUCACCCUUCAAGAGGAAAUUCAGCUUCACAUUGAUUUCUGCAGAAUGUAUGGACUCUCUGAAGCCGAUAUCAUCAGCGAGGAAGAGGACCAGGCUACCACGGCAUACACGCGCUACGUCCUUGACAUUGGCAUGUCGCAAGACUUCCUUGCCUUGCAGAUAGCCCUUCUCCCUUGUCUGAUAGGCUACGGCAUUAUUGCUAAGCGGCUAUAUGAGGACCCAAAAACAGUCAGGUUUGGCAGUAGAUACUGGCAGUGGAUUGAGCAGUAUGUAGCGGAUGAGUACAGGGGUGCAAUGAUGAGGGGAAGCGAGCUUGUGGAGAAACAUGCAGCAGGCCUAAGUCCAAGCAGAGUGGAGGAACUAGCUAAGGUGUUUGUCCAUGCGACUAAAGCCCAUCUCGAAACACGCUCUCUUAGACCGAAAGGCGCUUCUUUGACGCCAGUCUCUACCUCACACACGCACAUCAUGUCUUACGGCGGUGGAUAUGGCGGCGGCGGUCGCGAUGGCGGCCGUGGCUAUUCAAACGGGUACGACUACAGCAACGCUGGAUACGGGUCUUAUAGCAACUCGACAAGCCAAUAUGCAUCGUACGGUUUUCUUAGUGGCGGAUAUGGCGGCGGCUCCAACGGCUACUCUGGCGGCGGUGGUGGUUACGGCGGCGGUGGCUAUGGUGGUGGCGGCUACGGUGGUCGCGAUGGAGGUGACCGCAUGUCGCAGCUGGGCCAAGGCUUGAAACAGCAGCAAUGGGAUCUCGAUGCUCUUCCCAAAUUCGAAAAGUCCUUCUACAAGGAGGAUCCCGCAGUCACCGCGCGCUCCGAGGCUGAGGUUGCCGAAUACCGCAAGGAGCACCAGAUGACUGUCAAGGGCACAAACAUCCCCAAGCCAGUCACAACUUUCGAUGAGGCGGGUUUCCCAUCCUACGUUAUGAACGAGGUCAAGGCUCAGGGCUUCGCAAAGCCUACUGCUAUCCAAGCGCAGGGUUGGCCCAUGGCUCUCUCUGGUCGCGAUGUCGUUGGUGUUGCUGAAACUGGUUCCGGAAAGACGCUCACCUACUGUCUUCCCGCCAUCGUCCACAUCAACGCUCAGCCUCUCCUCGCUCCUGGUGAUGGUCCCAUCGUUCUCAUCCUCGCUCCCACUCGUGAACUUGCUGUCCAGAUUCAGCAAGAGAUCAGCAAGUUCGGAAAAUCUUCGCGCAUUCGAAACACCUGUGUCUACGGAGGUGUUCCCAAGGGUCCUCAAAUCCGUGACCUUGCCCGCGGUGUUGAAGUGUGCAUUGCCACUCCCGGACGUCUUAUUGAUAUGCUCGAAGCAGGAAAAACGAACCUCCGCCGCGUCACCUACCUCGUUCUAGACGAGGCCGACCGCAUGCUUGACAUGGGUUUUGAGCCUCAGAUUCGCAAGAUCAUUGGCCAGAUUCGUCCCGAUCGUCAGACUUGCAUGUGGUCGGCUACAUGGCCCAAGGAAGUCCGCCAACUGGCUGCUGACUACCAGAAGGACUGGAUCCAGGUCAACAUUGGUUCCAUGGACCUCUCUGCUAACCACCGUAUCCAACAGAUUGUCGAGCAUCUCGAGACCAUCAUGAGCGACAAGGAGAACAAGAUCCUCAUCUUCACAGGUACCAAGCGUGUUGCGGACGAAAUCACCCGAUUCCUUCGUCAGGAUGGCUGGCCGGCGCUUUCCAUCCACGGUGACAAGGCGCAAAACGAGCGUGACUGGGUCCUUAACGAGUUCAAGACGGGCAAGAGCCCAAUCAUGGUUGCUACUGACGUAGCUUCCCGUGGUAUCGAUGUUCGCAACAUUACUCACGUGUUCAACUAUGACUACCCGAACAACUCGGAGGACUAUGUCCACCGUAUUGGUCGUACUGGUCGUGCUGGCGCUAACGGAACUGCCAUUACCCUUUUCACUACAGAGAACUCCAAGCAAGCUCGUGACCUCGUCCAAAUUCUCACAGAGUCCAAGCAGCAGAUUGACCCCCGUCUUCAUGAGAUGGCCCGCUACGGCGGUGGCGGCGGCGGUGGUCGCUGGGGAGGUGGCCGUGGCCGUGGAGGAGGCCGCGGCGGAGGCCGUGGUGGCUGGACUGGAGGUAACGGUGAUCCCGUCCGCAACAGCCGCUGGUAA